AUGCAGAACUCCGAGAAAUACUCUUGGCCAUUUAGCAAGAUCGAACUUUCGUAUGGAGUACAAGUUCCUGGUCCAGACGAUCGACCCACACUAAAGAGAUCCAAUGGUAUACUAUUUGAUAAGAAAGCAAUAUCUUGGUAUAUGCCGCGCAAUAACAUGGAAUGGGAUCUAGUUGAGGAAACAGGGAACCCCACGAAAUCACCGCAAUUGAACACUCUCAUCAAACAAGUGACAAAGUUUGAGCUCAGAGGCGAAGGUGCAUUGGAGAAGAUCGUAUCGAUAGGACACAGCGCUCAAGAUGCUAUUGAUAAAAUUGAAACCGCUUAUGGCAUGCAACUAUCUGUAUCUGCUAUAUGUCGAGCGCUAAAGAACAACAAAGAACUUACACAAGUGCAACCAAACCCACAACAACAGCAGCAAAUGGGCUAA